ACUUGAAAUUUAUCUCCAACAAAGAGUGGGACUGAGCCCAAACAGUCAAUCAAUAUGACCAUGUUUGAGAAAUAUGCUUCCUCAUUCAUCCUCGUCUCCUUGUUUCUGCUGUGGAACCAAGGAACUGUCUGCGUCAAGGCCGAUUCGGUCACCGUCAGAAUAGAGCCUGACUAUCCCGGCAGCUCGAGCUUCGGUAUCCACUGCGAAUCAGCGGACGAUGACCUUGGGGGCCACACUAUCGCGCAAGGGAGCUUUUACAGCUUCGACUUCAGCCCCAACGUAUGGGGUACGACGCUGUUCCACUGCGCAUUGGACUGGCAGGGCAGAGGCGUCUCGUUCGCGAUUUACGACGAGAAGAGGGACCUCAUCAGCAGGUGCGACAAACUCUGCUUGUGGAAGGUCAGGCCGGACGGCGUUGUGGGGUUCCCAGAGAAUCACAAGGAGAGUUCCGAUUUGUUCUUCCCUUGGACGAGAUAAAUGGAAGACCCAAUUAUCAUUUUAAUGAAAUAAAGAUAGCAUGUGUGUAAGGAAACUUUUACUUCGAGAUUUAUAUAAAUAAAUUAGCUA